AUGACCUUCAUUCCCGCGCACUUCAUCACUGUGCACAUCAACAUCUUCGCGGCCUCGACUCGCAACGGUCCACUCACUCCGCAGCAUCGCAGCUGUCUUUUCAUGCUCUACGAGGCCACGGCCAUCGACCAGAUCAACAUGGAUCCAAGAUACAGCUGUACUAUCUGCACGUCUCGGUCAGCGCUCAACUCAUGCGCUGAGUAUCACGAAGCACGCUCGGCAAUAGGACACUUGGAGGCUCAUUUUGGUAGCAACCGCCUACAGCUAAUGCCAUAUCGACUGCUCCUCGCCGCAAAACUCCUCGCAGCCCAUGAGUCGUUCGAGAUGCCUUCGCUAAGCUCGGCCAACUACGCAGGUACGACGAUCUUGAAUUCUCCUUUUCAGGAGAAGUGGCAUGCCCGGAAGCAAGAGAAAAAGAAGGAGCUCUAA